UAUAGCUUUACCACGCCCACUUUUAGCAGACACGCGUGUUUGCAAGCAUGGCUUCGUCGGCUAAAAAGAGAGCGGUAGGUCUGGGAGUAGAAAAACAACCGGAAAGUGACAACGGCUCCGACGAGAGCCCGGGGGAAGAUGAAGAUUCAACGGGGGAGGACAGCGAAGCGUCCGAAGUAGAAAAUGAGGAGGUUACGGUGGAUUUCGAAGCGCACGCAAUCGCACACAGCGACUUCGACGGCAUCAAAAAACUCCUACAACAGCUCUUCCUGAAGGCUCACGUGAACACGUCAGAGAUGACUGACAUCAUCAUCCAGCAGAGCCACUUGGGAAGCGUCGUCAAGCAAGCGGAGGUACCAGAGGACAGCGACGACGAGGACCCGGAUGAAGUGUUUGGGUUCAUCACCAUGUUAAACCUCACAGAAAGAAAGGGUGUGCAGUGCGUAGAGGAGGUGAAGGAGCUGCUCCUGGAUCAGUGUGAGAAGAGCUCCGGCCACAGCGUCAUGGAGCAGCUGGAGAAGGCGCUGAACGACACCAGCAAGCCCGUGGGUCUUCUGCUCAGUGAGCGCUUUGUCAACGUGCCGCCGCAGAUCGCUCUACCGCUGCACAAACAGCUCCAGGAGGAGAUCACAGACGCGCAGAGGACCAACAAGCCCAGUGGGAAGUAUCACUACUGCCUGAUGAUCAGUAAGACCUGCAAGGAGUCCACCAAGACCAUUCCUGCCAGAGGGGGCGCUCCUAAGGACGAGUAUAUGUUCAUCAACGCUGAGGAGGAGUUCUUCUAUGAGCACGCCACCCUCAAGUUCCACUUCUCCGUCCAGGCAGACGCGGAUACGUGCUUGAGUGGGAGGUGGUCCUUCGAUGACGUUCCCAUGAAGCCUUUCAGGACGGUCAUGUUGAUCCCGGCAGACAGGAUGUCCUCCAUCAUGGACAAACUCAAAGAAUACUUGACCGUUUGAACGGCCAAAAGACAGACAUUCAAAUCCUCCCCUCCAAAAAUAUGACUGUGAAUUAUGAAUUUACAUCAUUAAAUAAAUCAUGUUUAACAGAAUUUAUUGAACUAUUUUUCCAGUGAUGACAAAUCUCCAUGGAGAGCUUAAACAAACUACAGGAUUGUGAAGAAGUAUCAGGACCAGAGAAAGCUGAGGACAUUAAAACCCACUCAGGUGCUCUCCUGCCUUUUUAAUUAGUAUGAAAUAUGCACUACAGUUAAAAUACAACUUGUAUGAGGACGUUCCUAAUAAUACAGUUUU